CCGUGUGGGGGGCAACGCUAUUGGCGGAGGGGGAACAAGAAACGAGCCACGACGCGGUCAAGAGUUGUUGUACCCUUGCCUCUAUGUACAUCAUGAUGGAGAGGUUGUGCGACUGCAGGGUUCCACUUGACACGAUGAUGUUGGAGGGGGAGUGGGCACGACUUCCAUGGGAGAGGAGGCUGCUCAGGCAGGCUGGUUGAGUGCGCACGGAGGUGCGAUGCGGGCUGUUUUGGGAGGAGAUGGAUGAUCUCAUCGACGUCUUCACCCCGGUCGUGCAGUUGGUGAGGAUGUUGGAUCAAGGGGGUUUAGUGAUCUCGUGCAUCCUCCAGUGGGUGACCCAGUUGGCCGAGGAGAUUCAGAAGUUGGAGUUGGCGAGACCUCGCCUAGUUGGCAUACUGCAGGAUUGUUACACCCGGGCAUGCCAUCUGUCAGAGCCCGCCCAUGCUGCUGCCCAUCUUCUCAAUCUGAAGACUCUGAGGCGGAACUUCAUUUAUUUCCAGUCUCCGGAUCGCAGCGACCAACAGAAGAAGGUGGAUGAGAUGACACUGGUGUACAUCUACACGCAGAUGGACUUCAACCGACGGGGAGAGAGGUAUAGGUUGCUUUGUGCCAUUGCCACACGUCUGAUUUACACGUGGGUCUGUGCCUCACCUGCGGAGAGGAACUCGGCGUUGCACGAGCGUAUCCACGAGAAGCGCCGCAACAGGUUGGACUUCACGAAGCUGACUGACAUGGUGGAGAUGUGCGCAAACAAGAAGCUCCUGGCAUGUAGACAAAGGAGGAGGGGACUUGUCUUGUCGAGAGGUGAUCUCGAGGAGGUGUUGGACGACGUCCCGGAGCCGCGCAGAUCAGGUACUCUACCGCCGGGGUCAUUGACGGACGAGGAGAUCAGGCGCGAGGUGCGCAAGAUGCAGUGUGCCUCGAUGGUCCGCCACCCCUCUUUGGUUGAGACUGUGUUUGGUCGUCGUGAAGCUCAUAUCGAGUUGUAUGACAAGGAGAUCGAGUAUGAGCCACCCACGGACCCACAAACAGCGGACGAGAUGGAGUUCGAGGUGUGGACGGCCCCCGAGGACCUGGAGCAGGGAGGCAUUGACACACCUGAAGCUGGUGAGGACUCCGAUGGGGAGAGUGAUCAUGGGGCUGACAGUGAAAUGCGGUCACGGGAUCGACAGAGCCUUUGCGAGCCCGCUCGCCUGAGCCCUCCUUUGACGAGGGGAAGGACUCUUACGUUAGAGCAGGACACGACAAGGGCGAGCGAGAUGGGGUGUACUGUGGAGGAGGUCAUUGCCGCCCGAUUAGCAGCAGAGUGUACACAUGGUGGUCCUGCAGAUGCUGCAAAUGGUGGAGAACUCCGCGUGGAGGGACAUGAGGUCGAUCGUGUGGAUGGGAAGGAGGAGGACAUGAGGGUGACAUAUGUGGCCAUGGCGACACGCGACUCCCCAUUGUUGAUGAAGGGGACGGGGCCGACGAGGGUUAUCGAGCCGGGAGGGGUGUCGUGGGGAGCAGGGUCAGUUGUUGCGGGGACACGAUGGCAUGUGCAGGGGCGGUCGCCAAGACGCUAUGAUGCGGGGAGACACCAUCAGUCCUCGCAACUUGACCCGGCUGUACGCGCCCAGAUUGCUGAGCAGGGUAAGAGUGUCGCGGUUAUGAAGGAGAAGAUUGACGCCGAUCGCGCGAGGAAAGAAGAGAAGAUUAUGAGGAAGCAAGCGAAGGAGGAAGCCAAACGGCUUGAGGAAGAGACGAAGAGACUGGAGGAGGAAGAAAGGCGGAGACGGGAAAGGAAAGCGCAACGGAAGAAAGAGAAGAUACGCAAGGAAGCGGAAUUCCGAGCGGAGAUGAGGAAGGAUAUGAGUACCCAGUUGGCGAUUCAGAUGAGCGAGAUGCAGAAAAGGUACUUCCGCUCUUGGCAACCAGCUGGAGGGACACCUAUCGGAGAAUUGAGUGCUAAGACGAGGAAACUCUGUCUAUCUGAAAAGAGAAAACAUGGACCCGAACCAGUGUUUGAGGAUAGUCCUCCCAUGGAGCAGCAUCGAAAGUGGACACCGGAGCGAGGCAUUAUGAAACUGGUGCAGCUAACGGCAAGAAUGACACGCGCCAGGACCAAGAAGAAUGCUGGUCUAUCACCGAUAUCUCCGAAGAAGCGGACUCCGGUCAAGACACCACUAUCGAGGAAGAAGACUAGGACUUCAGCAAAGAAGUUAUCACCUGGUAUGCAACCGAUUCCGACGACCAAGGGAGCACUGACACGCUUACGUUACCUGAAUGCUGAGUUGAAGAGACUCAAGGAUUUUGAUGCAACGGAACUGCAGCGCAUCUGCAAGGAAGAAGGGAUUCACUAUGACAAGAAGGUCGACGCAAUCUUUGAAAUUCUCGAGCACAGGACCGAGUUGGCACUAGGCAAGGAGGAGACGCAGGAGGCUGACGUCAUCCAGAUUAUUGGAUCCGAGGUGGUUGAGGACAAGCCGAGGAGAAAACGAAGGGAAACGACUAAGUCUUUUGAUUAUCUCGGGGUUGUGGUCAAUCUGCAGGUGUUUGGCCAGUUUACGCUGUAAAUCCACCUGCGUGGAUCGUAAAGUCGAUAGACUUUUCAGACUUGUUGUUGUGGUAUUGGCCUUGCAUGGUGAGUUACGAUGGGCGAGUAAAUUCGUAGACUGUUG